UUUAGCUAACUCGUGAUGUUUUGUAUACUUUACUUAUUAACUCGUCUUCAGAAUAUAUCUUUAGAUGUUGUAAAAUGAAGUUCGGACAUUUUCCAGACUGUUUUAACUCGAUAACCGUGUUGUUGUGAUACAUUUAGCUUGUUUCAGUAACGUUGGCUAGUAAUUUCACCAUAUUAGGUUGUAAAAGCUAGUUUUGGCACGACACAAGACAUCUCUCGGGUUGUUUUCAUUUUUUAAGUAAAACGGGGACUUAAAUAAUAGUGGCAGGUUUAUUUUUAUCAUUAUUUUUAUAUAGGUUCCAUGACGGAGCAAGAGAAGACUCGCACACACUCACUUUCUCUCUCUCUUUCUCUCUAUCUCUGUCUCUCUCUCUCUCUCUCUCUCUCGGUGUCUGUCUACCUCUUUCUGUCAUCAAGAAAAUAAACCCGUACACACACACACACACACACACACACACACACACCUAUAAAGACAUCAUGGCGAUGCUGGGCAGUUUUGGUGGAACUCAGCGAACUACUAAAAGCCUCGGUGGUGGUGGAGAUAGGGACUUGACCGAAUUUGUAUGUCCGGUGUGUCUCGAAAUAUUUGACUCUCCGAUGACCACAGAGUGUGGACACACAUUCUGCAACCGUUGCCUUCAGGAGUGUUUGCGACCCAAGAAGCCAGUGUGUGCUGUGUGCAGAGCUGCUCUGGACAAAUGGGGGAAAGCCAUCGAUCUGGAGGAUGUGAUCCAUCGAACACCCAAACCUUGCAAGGGCUGUGGGCAAGAGAUUGUGUUGUCCGAGAUGAGAGCUCACAUGGGAAGCUGUUCUAAAUAUCAGGAGUACAUCCAGGAAGGUCUGAAGAACAUCUCCCAGCCUGAUGCGGUCAGCUCGGUGCCUAACCGCUACACCUUCAUCUGCCCCUACUGCAGCUGCCCCAACUUCGACCAGGAAGGCCUGGUGGAGCACUGCAAGUCCCUGCAUUCCGGGGAUCCUCGCCAAGUGGUGUGUCCGAUCUGCGCCUCCAUGCCGUGGGGAGAUCCCAACUACAGGAGCUCAGACUUCUUUCAGCAUCUCCGGAUCAGACACACAUUCUCCUACGACACGUUUGUGGAUUACUCCGCGAGCGAGGAGACGAUGAUGCAGGAAGCCAUCCAGCGCUCGCUCCUGGACAACUGAGGAAAAGGGGUGGAGUCUGUGGUCUACAACACGCCUCCAACCAUCACUGAGCUCCAGGGUUUAGCCACCAUAUUCUAGCAGAAGUGCUUUCUUUCUUUUGUUUUAAUCUGUUUAACCAAAGCUGACUGUGUGUGUGUGUGUUUUAUAAUCACUAACAAUAAUCAGCGUGUACAGAGUCUGAGAUUAAAUAAUAUUCAGUCUGAUUUAUCUUUCUGCUUUAUGUCGUGUGUGUGUGUGUGUGUGUGUGUGUGUGUGUGUGUGAGAGAGAGAUUAACCAAUCAGAUCACAGCUUUAUCGUGGACUCAGUACAUUGUGUGCACAAUGUGUAUGAAAUACUUCUGAAACAUAGAGAAAUUUUUUGGGAAAGAUUUUGUUUGAUCUGAGAAGCUUUCUUUCUUUCUUUCUUUCUUUCUUUCUUUCUUUCUUUUCAAUACAGUGUAUUUCAGUGCCUUUUCAGGUUCCAUUUUCAGGUCUUUAUACUCUUUCAUCUUUACAGACAGCUAUACAGUUUAUUAUUAUUAUUAUUAUUAUUAUGAUCUGAGGUUUAAAACAUACUCAUGAAGAGAUCUCAGCUGAGGUGCUCGAUUAUUUACACUCUGUAUUGUGUAACAAGAAAUUAAUUCCACCAAAAAAAUAAAUAAAUAAAAUUGAAAUAAUGACCUGA